AUGAGGUUCGAGACUGUCCUUGUAGCCCUCCUUGCGAGGGAGGCUGCGGCUAGGUGUAAGUCGGUUUUUCUGUCCAACUACCCUGGUGCCGGCGCUUCAAGCUCAUCCUCGGGAGCAACUGGGUAUCCUGGAGUUUCGGCUUCGUCGGGUGCUUCGUCAACGGGAUCCUCGUAUGCCGCUACCAGCACUUCCUCCAGCGGAUACCCGAGGGAGUCUUCGUCUUCUUCCGGCGCUGUCUCCAGCAGCUCUGUAGGCCCAUCAGGCAGCUCUAACUACUCCAUUUCGGAAUCCUCUUCCGUGUCCGCGUCGAGCACCAGCUCAAGUUACUCUUUCUCCGAGUCCUCCUCUGUGCCCGCAUCCAGCAGCUCGGUAGACCCGUCGAGCAGUUCAAGCUACUCCUUCUCCGAGUCCUCUUCGGUGCCUGCGUCUAGUUCCUCAAGCUUUUCUAUCACAGAAUCCUCGUCUGUACCUGCGUCUAGCUCUUCGAGCUUCUUCGUUACAUCGUCCUCAUCGGUGCCCGCGUCUAGCUCCUCCUCGAGCUUCUCUAUCACGGAGUCCUUCUCUUCCUCGUUCGUGCCAAGCUCCACAUCCUCGAGCUCUGCAUCCAGCUCUUCGGAAGCUGCUCCUUGCCCGACCCCGACCGACUUCGUUGUCGGAACUAGCUCUUGCGGCUGUUCUUACGAUGUUUUGGAUGACUUCAGCAUCCGUGGUAACUGGAUAUCUAUGCACGAUUCGGUCAGCUUCGAGGACUGUCUCGGCAGGUGUGAUGACACGUCUUUAUGUAUCAGCUUCACUUUCAAGAACCGUAUCUGCUCAACCUACGGUGCCCGUGUUAACGAGGGUGUUUUCUCUGUUGAAGACGCCGGCGCUAAGAGUGGUUCAUUGAUCGUCGCAACCUGCAGUGGUACUUGCUCCAAUCCCGGUCCUGCUCCUGGUUAUGAGGCUCCUAUCGUCGAGGAUACUUCCACCUGCCGAACGACCUUUGCCCAGAAGCCUCCUUCUUUCAUCUACACCACCCUGGAGACCGGCACUGUUACUCAGACCUCUGUUGUGGUUGCUACCACCACUGAGGAGAUCAUCUCUACGCCCACCUCGACUACCACUACUACAGUUUUCACUACUGUUACUAACACCGAGACCGAUACGCAGGUUACGGACACCUACUUCACGACCACGACCGAGUACACUACGUUCACAAAUAUCGAGACUACCACUGAUAUUGUUACCGACACCACCACCAACGUUAUCACUGUGUUGCCCACCACAACCACCGUUGCCACGCCUGCUGGUUUCACGCCUAUCAAGUCUGCCCUCCCUAACGUUGUAGCCCGCACUGUUAACCGCGUUCUUGCCGGCCGCACAAUUACCGCCGGCUGUCCUGUUGCUACUCCUGUCUUUAACGCUGGAGAUAUCCAGACCUAUGUUGCCACAGUCGCCUGUGGCACUACAACUUAUACCACCUCGAUCUCGACCGCCUCGACCUUGACCACCGUCCAGGUCCUCACUGCUCCUGUUUCAACCGUCACAGAUACCACCACCAGCGUUAUCACCACCGUUACCACCGAGGUUCCCAUCCCGGCCGAGACUACCAUCACUGACGUUGUUACGGAAACUAUCCAGACUACCUCGUAUGUGCCCACUACGACUACGGUCCUUGCCACCGCCUCCACUACCCUCACCGUCGGUCCUACCCCCACCGCCUACGCCCAGUGUGCUAGCAACAACAUUGCUUCUACCCUCAACCGCCAGAGCAUCAACUACCUAUACGGCUCCCUCAUCGACCAGGGCACCAUACCUUCUGCCACCGACUGCUGUGCUCUCUGCGCUACUACUGCUCACUGCGGUGGUUUCGCCUACAGCACCGUCGGCAGGUGCUACACCGUCAAGGACUACGGCGUCUGCAAUGGCGGCAACCGUGUCGGAACCUUCGGCCACGUUGCUGUGUCCAGCACCAACAUGGUGGUUGGCAACGGUGCCUGUGGCCAGCUCCGCAACUAAGGAAAAGCGCCUCUAUACUCUCUAUAGCAGAGUCUUCGCGUGCC